CCCGCGUACUCCUUUCUCCUCCUCUCAUCUAGUCAUCACUCCCUCUUUUCUUGAGGAUGAGAGCGCCGAACCCACUCGCGCUUCUCUCUUUCUAAAGGAACUUGGAUUGCUGACAUUUUUCUUCUCAAUUUUCCUUAUUCCUAGUGUCGAAAUCAAAUAAAUCUCUCUGGGAGCUCGGUCUCAGGGUAACAUUUUCCUCAUUUAUUUUGUUUAUCGUAAUCAAUUGUCUUCUUAUUUAGUUUUUUUCAUCGCCAUGUACGAACAACAAUGACCGUGUGAUUUCAUUUUUUAUGGAUCAAUUCAAAAUGGGGAUGCAGAUCGAGCUACCCAUUAUUGAAGCAGUCUUGUUGAGUUGGAAGAAUUUUUUGCUGUGCUUAAUUUGUCAAAUUUGAGAUCCGAUAGGUUGAGGUGAUUCAGAAAAUGACGGCAUCAUUGCAUUUUUGCGGUGUUAAAACCGGCGGCUAUCUACUUCAGAAGACUCGCCAGCCAUUCUUUUCUCGACGAGAUAUUGACCUUGCGGCUUCUUCGAAGCUGGCGAGUUUUGAAUUUGGUAGAAGAACCAGAGGCCUUUGUGGAGGUAGGGCUUUGCGAGUUAGGUGUGAGGGAGGAAGUGUGGACUUGCUUAUAAGGAACAAAACUGAGGAGAACCCGAGCUUUGGUGAUAUUGAGGCCGAUAAUCAACUGACUUGCGUUAUGAAGUUUGGUGGAUCGUCAUUGGCAUCGGCAGAAAGGAUGAGGGAGGUUGCUGAUCUUAUAUGUAGCUCCCCCAACGAGAAGCCUGUGAUUGUGCUCUCUGCCAUGGGAAAGACAACCAACAACCUCUUGCAGGCAGGCGAGAAGGCUGUUUGUUGUGGUGUUACUAAGGUAGACGGUAUUGACGAGUUGAGUUUUAUAGAAGAGCUGCAUCUCAGGACAGCUGAUGAGCUUGGGGUCAACAGGUCUAUCAUUACAACACACCUGGAAGAACUAGGGCAACUUCUAAAGGGAAUUGCUAUGAUGAAAGAGUUGACUUUACGCACUAAGGACUACUUAGUUUCAUUUGGAGAAUGCAUGUCCACAAGGCUAUUUGCAGCAUAUUUGAACAAAAUUGGUGUUAAAGCUCGUCAAUAUGAUGCCUUCGAAAUUGGUUUUAUAACCACAGAUGACUUCACAAAUGGGGACAUUCUCGAAGCUACUUAUCCAACUGUUGCAAAGAUGUUACAUGGUGAUUGGAUUACUGAUCCUGCAAUUCCAGUUGUCACUGGUUUCCUUGGGAAGGGCCAGAAAUCCUGUGCCAUUACUACAUUGGGUAGGGGUGGUAGUGAUUUGACUGCCACAACAAUUGGAAAAGCAUUGGGGUUGCGAGAGAUUCAGGUAUGGAAGGAUGUCGAUGGCGUUUUAACAUGUGAUCCAAACAUAUAUCCACGUGCAGAACCUGUCCCUUAUUUGACAUUUGAAGAGGCUGCCGAGCUUGCUUAUUUUGGUGCUCAGGUCCUGCAUCCUCAAUCAAUGAGGCCUGCUAGAGAGUGUGACAUUCCUGUGAGGGUAAAAAAUUCUUAUAACCCUAAUGCACCAGGAACUGUCAUCACCAGGUCAAGAGAUAUGAGUAAGGCAGUACUAACCAGCAUUGUUUUGAAACGGAAUGUUACUAUGUUGGAUAUUGUUAGCACUCGUAUGCUUGGUCAAUAUGGCUUCCUUGCAAAGGUUUUUGCAAUAUUUGAAGACUUGGGCAUAUCAGUAGAUGUGGUGGCCACUAGUGAAGUCAGUAUUUCCUUGACACUGGAUCCUUCAAAACUUUGGAGUAGAGAGCUAAUACAGCAGGAACUUGACCACGUUGUAGAAGAACUAGAGAAGAUUGCCAUCGUUAAUCUCCUUCAGCGAAGAUCAAUUAUUUCUCUGAUUGGAAAUGUCCAGAGGUCUUCGCUGAUUUUGGAGAAGGCAUUUUAUGUACUUCGAACCAAUGGAGUCAAUGUUCAGAUGAUCUCUCAAGGCGCAUCAAAGGUUAACAUCUCAAUGAUCGUAAAUGACGAUGAAGCAGAGCAGUGUGUCAAGGCACUUCAUAAUGCCUUCUUUGAAAGUGAUGUUACUGAAUUAGAUGAGGAACACGGAUCUGAGAAUGGUUCUGUGUCAGCAUUAUCAAAUGGUCAUUGAUGAGCAUUUAUAAUUUUGCUUAUUCAAUCUAUUAUUAGGGGAAGCUUCGUUUGCCGUCUUGGUCGUGAUUAGCAGCAAAUGAGGCAUGCUAUCUGUAUCGGGCUUCAGAUAUAUGAAAUUGUGCGUGUAUUGUGAUGGCUUAGUUUGACUUUGAUUCUUUCUUCAAUUUUUUAAUUAAUUGCCAUCAAUCUAAUUUAAUUUAGCUUACGACGCUCUUCUUCUCUCUCUAGCUUAUUGGAAGUAGUAGCUGCUAUUGAUGAUUAAUACUCUAUUUUUCUCUUGA